AUGGCGGCUUCAUCCUCUCCGCGCCUCUUCUUCGCCGUUACCGUGCUGCUUCUUCUUCUCACUGUCUCAUCCCUGAAAUUACCAUUUCACCCUCGGGACCUGCUCCCGCUUUUGCCCAGGCGAGUCUCCUGGCCGCUUCUUAACUCUCUCAACUCCGCCGUCGAUCUCCUCCCUACUUACAUCGGCUCCGCCUCUAUCAAAAACGACGCCGUCGAGUGGAAAGGUGCUUGCUUCUACGAGAACAAAGCUUGGUUGGAGCUCAAUAAUAAGUCCGGUUCCGAAUUCGGCGGUGGCACACUUCACAUUAAGGUCGAUAAGGCACAUAGCUGGACUUGCAUGGAUAUUUAUGUCUUUGUGACUCCAUAUCGUGUGACAUGGGAUUGGUACUUCAUUUCAAGGGAGCACACCAUGGAAUUCAAAGAGUGGGAGGGUAAAGCCGAGUAUGAACAUGUUAAGCGGAAAGGAGUUUCGAUAUUCCUCAUGGAAGCUGGGAUGCUUGGAACUCUCAGAGCGCUGUGGGAUGUGUUCCCUCUCUUUACCAAUACCGGAUGGGGGGAGAACUCUAACAUCGCAUUUCUUGAGAAGCAUAUGGGUGCUAAUUUUUAUGCUCGUCCUGAACCUUGGGUUACAAACAUCACUACCGAUGAAAUCCACUCCGGAGACUUACUAGCUAUCUCAAAGAUCCGUGGGCGGUGGGGUGGGUUUGAGACCCUUGAGAAGUGGGUAAGCGGAGCCUAUGCCGGUCACACUGCUGUCUGUUUGAGGGAUUCUGAAGGGAGACUCUGGGUUGGUGAAUCCGGGCAUGAAAAUGAACAGGGAGAAGAUGUAAUAGCGGUAUUGCCAUGGGAAGAGUGGUGGGAGUUCGAGCAAACCAAGGAUGACUCAAAUCCCCAGAUUGCAUUGCUACCUUUGCAUCCUGAUUAUCGAGCCAGGUUUAAUGUUACAGCAGCAUGGGAAUAUGCUCGCAGCAUGGAUGGUAAACCAUAUGGCUAUCACAACUUGAUCUUUAGCUGGAUCGAUACCAUCAGCGGAAACUACCCACCUCCUUUGGAUGCUCAUCUCGUUGCUUCUGUCAUGACCGUUUGGAGCAAAAUCCAGCCUGAUUAUGCUGCUAACAUGUGGAAUGAAGCCCUUAACAAGCGACUCGGAACAGAGGGUCUUGAUCUUCCUGAUGUACUGGUGGAAGUUGAAAAGCGUGGCUCUUCUUUUGACGAGUUGCUGGCAGUCCCUGAGCAAGAUGAUUGGAUAUAUAGCGAUGGGAAAUCAACUUCUUGUAUCGCUUUCAUCCUCGAAAUGUACAAAGAAGGUGGCUUGUUUGAUCCAAUCUCUAGUUCCAUUCAAGUCACCGAAUUCACGAUCAAAGAUGCUUACAUGCUCAAGUUUUUCGAGAACAAUGCAAGCCGUUUACCCAAAUGGUGCAAUGACAAUGACGAUGUAAAGCUUCCGUACUGUCAAAUACUCGGGAAAUACAGAAUGGAACUUCCCGGCUACAACACUAUGGAGCCAUACCCGCAUAUGAACGAGCACUGCCCCUCUCUGCCUCCAAAGUACCACAGACCAAAGAACUGCUAG